GCACCAGCGUUUCUCCAGCAAAAACACAAAAAUCUUUUGUUUACGUUUUCUAAUUUGUUAUCUGCAGCUUCUGUUAUCAUGUCUGAGCCAGAGGAAUUACCUGUCGAGGAGCCCCCCAAACGAAGUUCGAGGCAAACCAUUUGGUACUCCAUAGAAAAAGCUGUAGAGGAGAAUGAAUGUCCCAGUUGCGGACGACCAAUGAAAUCCUUCAAAAACCGCUUUGCCCACAUUAAAAAAUGUUUUAGCAUAAGGAAACUAGGGCCUGUUUACAGGCUACAUGGCUAUGCAGAGUGCAUAUGUGGUUUACUUAUAGCAGAUACGCCUAAGGCUAAAAAGUUGCAUGUGUGCUUGGGUAAAAUUCCUGCCUUUGAGCCGGAAGUGCAUUUUGAGUCGCUGCCACCUGUGCCUGCUGCUAGUCCGCCAUCAACACCUUCUCUGCCACAAUCCAAUCGAUUGCCACAACCGACCUCAAUCCUCAAGCCCAAAAGCAAAGUGUGGAUACGCAACUUCAGUUCUCCCAUUAAGCCGAGAGGAGUGCAAUUGUUGGAUAUAUCUCUCCACGAAACGGCAAAAAGCAGGGCCAGCACUCUGCCGCGAGUCCGAAACUUCGAUCGACCACCUCCGGCUCCCUCUCCAGAAGAGGUCUGCGUCUACUCCAUUAUACGACAAAACGAAUCCAUUGCCCUGGCGGGACGAUCUAUACUAGCGCAACGAGCAUCCAACGAAAAUAUCACAAUAGUGAGGAAACGAAUCCAACGACAAGGCACUCGGAAAGGUGGCUUAUCCUGACCUUAGUUUAUUAGAAUUAUAUUUUAAUUAAGUAUACAACAAAUUU